UUAAUUAGAUUUAUGGAUAGGCCGAUUAAAAAUUCAUGUUAAAAUGUUAAAAUUAUGUAUUAAAAUAAUUGCAGUUUUAUAUAUUUGUUGUAAUGUAAGUGCCGACGACUUUCUAGGAUGCGGUGGCUUCAUUAAAAGUCACGUACAAAUAGAUUUUUCAAAGGUUGUAGUUAAAUUACUUACAAAACAGGGGAUUGUGAAGGAUAAGACGAAUUGUGCUCCAAACAAUGGGUAUUAUUUUGUACCUUUAUAUGAAAAAGGAGAAUAUAUUUUGGAAUUGGAGCCUCCAAGAGGCUGGAGUUUUACUCCACCAAAGAUAAACCUCAAUGUUGAUGGUAAAACUGACUUAUGUUCUCAAGGAAAGGACAUAAACUUUGAAUUUAAAGGGUUCGGUAUUGCUGGAAAAGUUGAAAGUUUAGGCUUGAAUAUUGAUAAUAAAGGACCAGAAGGAAUAGUUGUUGAUUUAAUUUCAAGCUCUGAGAAAAGAACUACUACAACUGACAGCACUGGUCAUUUCUCCUUUACACCUGUCUAUCCAGGAACUUACACAGUCUCAAUCUCUCACAACAAAUGGAAGAUCUUAAAAAAAUCAUUAAAAGUGCAAGUCACUGAAGGCAACACUGAAUUAUCUGCUGGCAGCCUUGUAAUUCAAGGGUAUGAUGUGUCAGGAAAAAUUUUAAGUAGGGGUGUACCUUUGAAAGACACAAUAAUAGUAUUAUUUGAAAAACAAGGGAAAGUGAAUCAACAUGUAGAGGGUUGUAACAAAGAAAAAAUUCAAGGGUUAACAUAUAAAGGCAAUCAAAUCUGUCAUAUUACAUCACAGUUGAAUGGAGAGUUUGUUUUCCCAGUUUUGCCAAAUGGCCAAUAUGUAAUUGUGCCCUAUGUUAAGGACAAAAAUAUUUUCUUCCGACCUGAAUUUAUCGAAUUUACCGUGAAUAACAACGCUGUGGAGUUACAGAACAAUUUUGAGGUUGAUGGCUUUUCGAUAUCUGGGUUUGUCUACAAGUCAGAUAGUAAAAAACCCAUUGAAAACGCUAAAAUAUUAUUAAAUGGUAAAGAGGUGACAAGAUCAGACAGGAAUGGGUACUAUAAAUUAGAAAGAAUCCAAGCUAACACAUACAAAUUGAAGGCUGAAGCUGAUGGUAUGAUUUUUAAUGACAUUUCUGUGAACAUCAACCCUAACUUGGAAAAGCUACCAAACUUAACACCAUCUCUGUUCAGAGUUUGUGGCAGGGUUUUAAGUGAUGAAUCCCAAAGUGUAACAUUCUCAAGAUCUGAUGGAAGUGUAGUUAAAGUUUUAACUGAUGGCUCAGGCAAAUUCUGCGAGUUUCUUUCGCCGGGAAAAUUCGACGUUGAAGUUAAAGUUAACAUGGAUGACAGGCAAAAGGGCUUACAGUUCUUCCCUAUUAAGCAGACCAUACAGGUUUUAUCAGAAAAUAUACCUGACAUUGUGUUUUCACAGUUGAAGGCUGUGGUUAAAGGGACUGUGACAUGCGUCAGACCUAUAGAUUGUGACGGUUUAAUUAUUAAAAUGUUUUCUACCACAGACCCAUCUGAUAAGACUGAGAUUCCAGUAACUGGUAACCAAUAUAUCGCAAAUAAUAUUUAUCCUGGGCACUAUGAAAUACAAUUGCUUUCAAACAAUUUAUGUUGGAAGUCCAGUAAGCAGACCAUAUUUGUAAAUUCUGAAAAGGUUGAUGUACCACCAUUCAUACAGACAGGUUACAUGCUGCAUUUUGUCUCAACACAUCAGACCAAGUUAAACUACAAAAACACCAAGGACAACAGGCCUUCCUCCUUGAACGUGAACGCUGGCAAAACACAAAUUUGCGUUGAAAAUCCUGGCGAAUACUCGUUUGAACCGGACAGUUGCCACGUCUUCGACAAAACCUCCUACAACUUCAACACGGACGCAGGUCCCAACGAGAUAAAUCUUACGGCCAGAAAGCACAAGGUUACUCUCGAGAUUGAGUCGGCCGAAAAUCACGGGAACAUCCAGGCUACGAUUAAAAUCGACGACAAUACUCACACUCAAACUUUGGCUCACUCUAAGGGUAGAUAUGAGAUCAACUUACUGUUGGGACCCACUGAUGAGGCCAUGAUCGUACCCAAGUCGGAUAUUUUAUAUUUCAACCCACCAGUCCUGUCGAUUCCCGGCUACGCAGACUGCAAGGCGUUGGGAAACAAAUUCAGGGCGAUUAAAGGAAGAGUUUUCAAAGGCAAGGUCGUUCCGCCUCUUUCUGGCGUAAUUAUUACGGUGGAGAAUGACCACACGGAGCCCCUGACGGUUGAAACGUCCAACGAUGGCAGCUACAAGUUCCCAGCUUUGGAUGAUUCAUUGGAGUACAAGAUCACAGCCAAAAAAGACUCGUACGUGAUCGUUGGUCCAGAUAACAACGGCAAUUUUAAGGCUCACAAACUUGCCGAGAUCGUUGUCAAUGUUAUUGAUGAAGCUGAUAAAGUUCCACUACAAGGAGCACUGUUGUCUUUGUCUGGAGGUGAAAGUUACAGGAGCAACUUACAGACAAACGAAAACGGCAGAAUUACCUUCCACUCGUUAAGUCCAAGUGAUUAUUUCUUAAGGCCGAUGAUGAAGGAAUACAGGUUUGAGCCUGCGUCUAAAAUAAUCAACGUUAAAGAGGGUGAAUCUGUUGCUGUUACUUUAAUUGGUAAACGCGUAGCCUACAGUACCUUUGGACAAAUCACGUCCCUCAAUGGGGAGCCUGAGGAAAAUAUGGUUGUAAUAGCGGCAGGAACUGGAAACUGCAGCCAAUACUCAGAGGAAACUAUCUCAGAAAGCACGGGACAAUUCAGAAUUCGUGGUUUACAGCCUUACUGCUCCUACCAAAUUAAAAUACAGCAAAACUCGAAAGGGGCCCAUCCCGUUGACAGAUCCGUCCCCAACGUCAUCAACAUUGAGAACGUAAAAGAAGACAUAAAGGACUUGAAAAUCAUCGUGUUCAGACCAGUGACCCACACCGACAUACUUGUGAAAGUCCACGCCAAAAACGUGGAACACUACAAAACUUUGAGACUGAAGGUGAUUCGUGAUGGAUCCGCCACAAUCCUCAACACGAAAAUAGACACUUCAAGCGUUAGAAUCACCAAGGAUAACAAUCCCGGUGUUUUGAUACACGUACCUCAGCUGCCCUCAGACGGCAGAAGUUACGUUGCUCAGCUCGAAUCCUCGUUGCCCAGUGACGUCCAGUGGAUCUCCCCCGCUGCGUACUUCACAACCAACUCGUCUUUUCAAUUUUUGGAGCUGUCGUUCAGUGUGAAAACGGGAAGUAACGACCAGCACAUUAAGCAAACAUCUGUGUGGACACUGCUAGUCAUCUUUGGGAUAAUUACUGCACUCUAUAAUAUAGAGUUGAUUGCGCCAGUAUUGAAAGAGAGGUUUGUUAACAUUUCGAAUUUAGCCAACGUCGUGCCGAAUAUUAAUAAGAAAAAUACCGAGAUUUAUGAUAAUGCUGAAAUCGAUCAGAUUGUUCAGAGUAUUAAUAACUUAAAAAAGAAAAAUAAGCCAAAAGUAAAGAAUUAAUAGUACCUUUUGUAAAUUGUUAUUGUUAAAUAAACAGUUUUGUUAUAA